GCUAGUUCUGAUGAUAAUGUUCGUGUGACUAGACAACCAGCUUAGCCUGUUCUGUCCUUCUGUCCUAGUCGAAUAUUGUCAUCCAACGAGCUUGAAUGAGCGCUGCACAGAUGGUGUCGGCGUAAUUGGCGCAUCGCAUUUGUUACCAGAGUUCAAUCAACCCGCAUCGGGAAUCAACGCAAGGAUACGGCCUUCACCCGCAUCUGAAGGGCGCGCCGCGUGUUACGAAUAAUGUCGUCUUUCGAAGUAACCUCCGAGCUCUACGCUGAAGCGGAAUUUUGCAGUACAGAUACUGGUAAUGGCAAUGCUGUGUCUAAAUUUACCUUCGUUUACCCUGACCAAAGUCACCAUCCGCCGUCGAGCAUUGCUGAAGCGAAUGGGACGGUGUAUAGUAAUGGAUUACAGGCACAUAAAUCUACCCCGAAAAGCAAUGGGACAGCAGCGGCACCAGCGAAUGCCCAACAUGAAGACGAGGAAAGUUAUGGAGAAGAAAGUGCCGAUGGAACCGAUACUGAUGCAGAAAGUGCUUCCGAGCCUGGUGAAGAUGACGAUGCGGAGUUGAACGAUGACUGCUGCUCAGGUUCUACUACUAAAGUGCCGAACAACACCCCGCUUGAGGUUGACAAGGACGGCGAUGUUCUGGUGAAACGUCUCCGAAAGGGCGCUAUCGAAAUUGAGCAUCGUAAGUCAACGUUUUUGGACCUGGUGGGAUUGCAAAUCUGGCGCGGAGCGUUGCUGCUGGCAGACUAUAUUUUACAUAAUGAGCGAAAGUUUAAAAAUAGUCACAUUCUUGAACUGGGCUCCGGCGUCGGUUUGACCAGUAUCGUGGCCAGCAUGUACGCACGGCAAGUUAUCUGCACUGACAUCGACAUUGGAGGUCUGCUGGAUUUGAUCAGAAGCAACAUUCAAAGGAAUGCCCACCUAUCGAACCCACACUGCCGGAUGAACGUCGAGGAGCUUAACUUCAAAACCAGUUACCAGGAUUUUACGCGAGAAUUUAAAAAUCAACUGCAAACGAUCAACUACGUCAUAGCGGCCGACGUUAUCUACGAUGAUGAAAUAACCGAAGCGUUUGUGCGAACAAUUGUGAGUUUAUUGCUCGAGCUCCCGAAGCUAAAGGCAAUUUAUAUCGCGCUCGAAAAGCGGUAUGUGUUCACGCUGGAGGACAUGGAGUCGGUUGCUCCUUGUUAUGAUUAUUUUUUGCGAUAUUUCGAAAAGCGUAACAACCGUUUCGGUGUGAACCGUUGGAAGCUGAUAAAUGUGUGCAUGGAUUUUCCCCGCUACUUUGACUACGACAAGGUGAAGGAUUUGGUGUUGCUUAAAAUUUGCCAUGCCGGCAAAUAAAGCACACUGUGUGAUUAUAGUUGAAUAAGGUGGUUUAGUUUUAGCGGUUAAAGUGGUUUUAGUUUCACGACUUCAGGGGUUUUAAAGCGAUUCCAGCAAUACACCCAGUGACCAAUGUCAAAAGCCAAACCGGCUUGAGAUCUGUUUAUUUUGAACGAGUAACGAUCGCGCCACAAUCCGCAAAUGGAUCCGAUUAUCGUUGAAAUUAAUGGUCCAAUGGUCACGCAGCAGUGUGCG